UCUUCAAUGUGCUUGUCUUCGGUGCCGUGAAUUGCAUCAAGGAAUUUUUUUGUUUGUAGGGGUUUUAUUUUUUCUCUUAUCGGUUUUUCCUCUUUUAAUUUUUCAAAGAAAAAGAAAGAAGAGUGCGGUGAUGAAGCAAUUUUUUGUGGACUAGAGUUUCUGAUCUGGGUUUUUCCCAGAAGUUGAAGACUAACCCUUGGCUGUCUGAGUACCCUUCUUCAUUCUUCUUCUCCUUUUGUUUUCGUAAUUUUUUAAUGAAUUUUGUUUUUUUUUUGGUUAUAGGAUGAGGCUAAUGAUGAUAAUUAAAUAAUCUUAGCGGAUUUCAGUGAGAUUUUAUUGUCAAUGAUCUGAUUGUUACACACACUGAGGCCUUUUCUUAUAGUCUUUUGCAAUUUUAUUUUUGAAAUUAAAAAAAAUAAAAAAAGGGAUUUAAUUUAUGCUAUGAUGAGAUGAAAACACGUAAAGUGUUGAUGGGCAGUGGAGUUGGAUCUUCUUAUUGGAAGGUCUGCCGUGAGCCCUCUUUUUUUAACGACUUCUCCUUCCACUGAGCUCUAAAUCUGUAAAUCCCUUUCAUUUCCCAAAAAAGUUCUUAAUUUUUUUGUGAAUAUUAGUAUUAGUUUUUUGUUAAAAUAAGAGGGAAAAACAGCGUCUAUUACCAAUUCUGGGGGAUAAUUGGUUCCUCUUGGCAUAAUGGCUCAGACGCGAUAUUGAAAUAUGUGGUUAUCCUGAUUGUUGGCUUUUUCUUUAAUGUCAUUUGAUCCUGGAAACGCCACAAACACUGUUCUUCCUUCGACUGUCCUUAAUCUGGAAUGGAAAUUUAAAGGACCAAGAGUCAUAACGUUGUCUGAUUAAAGUCAUGGAAUUUGUAUGUAUGGAUGCGAAAUUGGAGUUGAUUAAUAACCAAAGUUUGUAAAUUGAAAUGAAGAAUGUGGAAAAUGCAGAAGAUUUUGAUUGGUGACUGAUGAUGAGGUGAGUCUGGAGCAUGAACAACAGAUUCUGUAUGGUGAUAGAUAGUUAUAUGGGUUGAACCAGUUUUUAGUUGUGAGCUAUGGUUGUAACUGGUAAAGUAAGCUGAAUUGAUGGCUAAACAAGAACCAAAAGGUUGUGUUCUUAACAGGACAGAUUAUAUGAAACCAAUUUGGCAUUUUGACGGAUUGAGAUUAAAACAUUUGGGAAUAUUCUUUGUUAAAAAAAGCGGAAUAACAUUGGGUUCAAUCAAAUUAAACUAAGGAUUUCUUCGAUUUGUUGUUGCUUCAUAAUUGAAGGGCAAGUGCAACUCGGAUGGAAAAGGCGUUUUUCUUGAUUGAUAUAAAAUGGAAAAUAAAGCGGGUUAGAUUUGAGUAGCCGUCUAAUUCAACCCAACCCACAACGUUAUGGAAUCAAGAUGAACUCUGGGCUGGGUAUAAAUAGAAUUCCAAAUGGAUAUGGUGGUCCAAGAGCAAAUACUGACUCCUCCUUUCAGAAGGUAGAGAGGCCGGGAGGGGGUGCUUUCUUCCACCCUUAUGCUUCAGAAGUGUAGAAGGCGAGUAAGCUAGUUACCUUGUUCAUGUUGGGUUAUGGGAGAACCUUGAACGGCAACCUUAUGAAAUCCUGAAGAAAGUGGCUGCUUUAAACUGUCAAGCAUUAUGGAUUCCGGUGCCGAAGCUUGGCUUGUUGAAGACGAGAGUGCGAGAGAAAUGUUAGACAGGGUUCUGACGGAGCGCCCUUUAUUGCUUCUUCCCCCUCUUCACAGGGUUCCUCUACGCGUCGGCAACAUCGUUGAGCUCGUAGGCCCUACUUCUUCUGCCAAAACCCACAUCCUAAUCCAGGCUGCCAUCACUUGCGUACUUCCCAAACAGUGGAAAGGGGUCGAUUACGGGGGAUUGGGGCAUUUGGCAAUGUUCAUUGACUUGGAUUGUCGUUUUGACAUUUUACGCUUUUCGGAAUUGUUAAACCAUAGAAUCAUGGAAGCAGCCAAUGGAUCAAGCAAUAAAGUAGGUUGCCAGAAAGGGGAGUCUGAAGCUCAAAAUGCAACAAUGAAACCUUACAAUGAGGAAUUGUUUGCGUUAUGCAUGAGACGGUUUUUAUACAUCCGUUGUUAUGAUAGUUCAGAAUUUCUUUCCACUCUCAAGACAUUACAUUAUCGGCUUCAAAAGGAAAAGGAAGCUCACGGUAUUAAUGUUCAUUUCCUAUUGAUUGACAGCAUUGGAGCAUUUCACUGGGUAGAUCGUGGUUCGUCAUCUUUUUUGCUGGAGGGUGAUAAUAGGAAAAGCUUGCAUCUCCAAAGUGUGUCACAAACUGUAGUUCAGGAGAUUAGAAAGCUCCUGUUGGUGCAUCCCAUGCUUGUGAUGGCUACAAAAGCAGCCAUCCUAGGCAACCGAUAUUCAAUGAACGAGUCAAGAUGGAAUAAUAGAAAAUGGCCUUCAACAGAUAACCCGCAUUCAAGAAGUGUAACAAGUAGUGAUCAGCAAGUUCCAUAUCGCGAGUUUAUGCCUGCUGUUUGGCAGUCCUUUGUUACACACAGGAUUCUCGUACGAGCCACAGAUGAUGAUUUUGUUAAUGGUGAGCAUCGAAAUGUCUCCAUAUAUCGAUCAGAAUGGCUGCUGCCACCACUGAAUUCCUUGGACAAAUUUAUUGUGGGAGAUACUGGUGUGUUCGUUCUUUCUUGAAUGUGUUACUGGGUUAUAACCUAUAACCUUCAGCAACUGGUUCCUUUGUUCUCACUCAACUGGUUCUUAGCAACCAGAGUGUAACUGGAGUUCAAUGAAUUGGGUCUUGAAUUAUAUUGAAACAACUGUUGUACGAAAGCAGCGAGAAAUUGAGGCACUCUUGAAGGAGCAAAUGACCUUAUCAUUGUUUUUCCGGAGAUGCAGCAACCGCCAUUCAUGCAAUGUCUAUUAGUGGUGUCAUGCCUGCUUGAUUUCACAGGACUAGGGUCCGGGAUAAAUUGCUUUCCUCAUGAAUGCCAGAGCUGAUGUUAGUCCCUGUGGCCUUUGAAAAUGAAUAUAUCAUCCAGGAACUGUAGACUUGUAUACAGGGUGCAGUUGCUAUGCACAAAGCAGAAAUUGACAAUAAUGUGCGGUUUAUCAUUAAAUUGUACUAUUAUUUUCAUCCUAUAACUGUUUUUCUUUAUUUUAUUUAUUUAUUUAUUUAUUUGGUUA